AUGCCACAUACAGGUCAAGCUGGUGUCAAUCAGUUGGGCGGUGUCUUUGUCAAUGGCAGACCCCUGCCGGAUAUUGUGCGACGUCGCAUUGUGGAGCUGGCAAUAUGCGGAGUCAGACCCUGCGAUAUAUCGCGUCAAUUGCUGGUGUCACAUGGCUGCGUUUCGAAAAUCCUGACACGCUACUAUGAAACAGGAUCCAUACGUCCUGGCUCCAUAGGCGGCAGCAAAACGAAGCAAGUAGCCACGCCCACUGUGGUGAAGAAGAUCAUACGCCUCAAGGAGGAGAACAGCGGCAUGUUCGCUUGGGAAAUACGCGAGCAGCUGCAGCAGCAACGCGUCUGCGAUCCCAGCUCGGUGCCCUCGAUCAGCUCCAUCAAUCGCAUAUUGCGCAACAGUGGACUCUGGACGGAUGAGAUGACAUCGAGUCAACAGAACGCAAUGGCCGCAGCCGCUGGCGCAGCACAAGCAACACAACAACAAAUGACGGCGGCUGCUACUGGAGGCGGCGCUGCUGCUGCCGCUGCUGCUGCUGUUGGAGGCGUGGCAUAUGGCACGCCCACACAUAUGUAUGGAGGCGUAAGCAGCGCAGCGACGGCAACAACGCGCAGCAAUGCGCUAAAUACGCCGGAGCGUUAUGCAAAGCCGCCGCAGACGGCAACGCUGCUGGCCGAGGGAAUGCCGCUGAAGCCGGAGGCUAAGCACGGCGUGAGUUUGGGACAUGCGCAUGGCCAUGGCUUGAGCAGCGGCGCUGCUAGUCAGCUGGGCGGCCUGGACUUGAGCUACUCCAAUUUGCACAAGCAUUGGCUAUGGAAUCCUUCGCUGCUUUAUUACACCCAAGCGCACAUGCAAGCGGCGCAGGCAGCUGCGAGUGGCGCACAAUUUGUGCCCUAUGGAGGCGCCUACUUGUCACAUGGCGCUGCUGCCGCCGCCGCUGCUGCAGCUGCUGCUGCUGCUGGCAGCGCCAAUUGCACUGGCGGCUUUACCAAAUCGGAAAGUUCCAUUGAUCUGACAGUCAAGCCUGAAACGCUGAGUGACUGCGAUUCGGGCAAAUCCUCGCCAGCGGCGCUCAGUUCAGCACUCACAGAAUCUCACACCACCACUGGCUACACCAGUCGCAAGCGCAAUCCCUACUCCAUUGAGGAGCUGCUCAAGAAGCCCGAGAAGCGUUUGCGUCUGAGCAGCGAAACGCAGUCAAGGCUCAAGGAUUUGGUGGCCAUCAAGCGUGAUAAUCUUGAAUGCAUUAGCUCCAGCUCCAGCUCGUGCGAGAGCAACAGCAAUAGCAGCAACAAUAGCGGCGCCAGUGCUGAAGACUCCACCGCCAGCUUGCCACAUGUGGCAGCUGCAGUCUCUGUCGACGACAUUGAGGAAGAUUGCAGCGUUGAGGUCGUCAACUGAACAAAUCAAAGGCGUGUGCGUUCUUUGUUUUAAAAUUGCUUAAGAGUUCUCUUUAACGUGAUAAUAAACUACGCGUAAUUUUAAUAACAUUUAGCCAAACUAAAUGUUUUUUAAG